AUGGCAACCACAGAAGAAACUACUCUACCGCCACAAGAAAUCCAAGAGGAACAGUUACCGCAAGAAAGCAACUACAAUAACAAUAAUAAAGCAACUAAAUUGAGUCAUGAAAAUAAUUGGACCUCAAAAGAAGCUGACGAAGCAGAUUCCGAUUCCUCGGUACACACCCUGCAUGGUCUGCGUUAUCUUUAUAAUGGUUAUCGUUUCUUGGGCGUUUAUUUUCCCAAAACCAAAAAACCCCUAUAUCUGAUCUGGUCGAUUUUCAUACAUAUCUAUGUGACCAUAGGUCUGCCAACGGGUUUUAUAAUGGGCAUCAUCGCUGAUGUAACCGAUGAAAAUGUCGAAAUUGGCAAUCUCUUAACCUCCGUACAGGUGGCCAUUAAUGUUCUCGGCUGUUCGACUAAAAUUAUCCUAAUGUCAAUACUUUUUCCCAAAUUACGAAAAUGUGAGACGAUUUUCGAGCAACUCGAUAAACGUUGUAUUAGUCGGGAGGAAAAACAACUGGUGCGCCGAUUUAUGCAUGAUGGCAAUCGAUUGGUGCUGCUAUUUACAAUUGCCUAUUGGUCGUAUUCGAGUAGUACGAUGAUUAGUACGGUGAUAUUUGGCCGCUUACCCUAUAAUAUUUAUAAUCCGUUUAUCGAUGCUGAGGCAUCUAGGGGGAAUUUUAUUUUGGCGGUUAUUAUGGAAAUGAUACCGGUGGACAUUGCAUGUUUCAUGCAGGUGGUGGAUGAUUCAUAUGCUGUCAUCUAUGUGCAAAUAUUGAGGACUCAUGUUCAGGCCUUGAUUGUGCGAUUAGAAAAUUUAAACCAAAAUCAGGGGGAGGAGAAGGAGGAUGCAGAUGCUCAACAGGAGAGAAAUGUUGAGAAAUUACGCCUGUGUAUUAUUGAUCAUCAAAAUAUUAUUGAGCUGUACAACCGUGUAUCACCGGUAAUAUCCAUUACCAUUUUUGUACAAUUCACCAUAACUGCCAGCCUACUGGGUUCAACACUAAUAAACAUACUGAUAUUUGCCACCAAUACUGCCUCAAUGGUGGCCUCUUGCUUCUAUGUCCUGGCCGUUGUUGUGGAGGUAUUCCCGCUAUGCUACUAUGCCCAGUGUUUAAUGGAUGAAAAUAUUCAACUGACCGAUGCCAUAUUCCAUUCAAAUUGGGUAUAUCAAAAUGAACGUUAUCGUAAAAUGUUGAUAUUUUUUAUGCAACGUUCCCAGAAGGUCAUCGAAUUUACGGCCGGGAAAUUAUUUCCCAUUACCUUGAGUAGUUUUUUGAGUAUUGCCAAAUUUUCAUUUUCUUUGUAUACCCUGAUAAAGGAAAUGGAUUUGAAGGAGCGUUAUGGUUUGAAUUAA